AUGCAUCACUGUGUCCUAUUGGAGAAGUUGCAGAUGCUGUUGAGAGAGAGCCAGACCCAGCUACUGGUGGUGAAGGGUCUGGAGGAUGUGGAGGUGUGUGAGAGCGAGGGUUGCUCCUUCGAGGUGACCCUCAACCUGUCCUACAUAGAUGGCACGUGGACCAAGGACGGGGUCAAGCUCAAGUCCAAGCCUACCUCCAGAGACAUCCAGAUCGUGAAGGAAUUGGAAGAUGAGGAAGUGACUGAGAGGCAGAGUGUGACCUUCCAAUGCGAGGUCAACUAUGACAAUGUGGACGGGCGCUGGUACAGAGACAACACCAGGAUCAAACACGGAGACAACGUCAAGAUCAGACAUGAGGGUCAAACUCACACCAUGUSCUUCAAGUCUGUAAGGCCAGCAAAUGCUGGGGAGAUCAAGUUCACUGCAGACAGGGUCUCGUCCUAUGCAAUUCUCACAGUAAAAGAGCUGCCUGUGCAGAUAGUGAAGCCUCUGAGAGUGAAGAUUGCUAUGUACAAACACAAAGGCCUGCUGGAGUGCCAAGUGUCACGGGCCAACGCCCAGGUCAGGUGGUUCAAGAACAGGAAUGAGAUCCAGCCCAGCCAGAAGCACCAGAUCGUCAGCGAUGACAUCUACAGGCAGCUCCACAUCGACGACGUGGCCUCAUCUGAUGAGGACACCUACACCUGUGAUGCUGGUGAUGACAAGACAUCCUGUCAGCUGUUAGUGGAGGAGCAGGCUAUCAGCAUAGUGCGGGGACUGAGGUCCCUGGAGGUUACAGAGCCCAGGGAGGCCCUGUUCCAGGUGGAGAUCAGCCUGCGGGUGGGGAGACCUCCCAAGUGGACCCUGGAUGGAGAGGUCCUGAUGGAGGGGCCUAGAGUGAGCAUAGACCGGGAAGGUACCAUGCACACCCUCUGCUUCAGCAGCACAGACAGCUCUAUGACAGGCCCCGUGCAGUUCAACGCCGGGAAGAGCCGCUCUGCCGCACAGCUCACUGUGAAGGAGCGCCCUCUAAAGGUGGUCCACCCCAUGCCAGACGUGGAGGCUAAAGAGAACAGCUCAGUCACACUGAGCUGUCAAUUUGCCCCCUCCCCCAGGGUGGUACGCUGGUACAGGGGCCGCACCGCCCUGCAGACGUCCAGCAAGUACAGCAUGAGGACGGAGAAGAGCCAGGCAGAGCUGACCAUCCAGGGUCUCAAGGAGACCGACACCGGCCAGUACAGCUGCAUGGCUGGAGGGUCAAAGAGCACGGCUAAGGUCACUGUGGAGGUGCGAAGGCUAAAGAUCAUAAGMCACCUGGAGCACGUGGAAGUGGAGGAGGAUAGUAACGCCACGUUCACCUGUGAGCUCAACUAUGUGGUCGCCAAUGUGCAGUGGCUCCUGAACGACAACCGUCUUAACGCCACCUCCGUCACCAGGAUCCAAAACAUGGGCACCAUCCACAGCCUCACCAUCAAAAUGCUCCGCCCCCAGGAUAGCAGAGUCACGUUCCAAGCCGGCCUGCUCACCGAGUCCACCUCCCUCAAGGUCAAAGAAAAGCCAGCGGUGUUCRUGAGGUCUCUAGAAGACAUGUCAGGGGAGGAGGAGGGGAAGGUGUGUCUGCAGUGUGAGACCUCUAAGGAAAUGGUCACCCCCAUCUGGAGGAAGGAUGGUACGGUCCUGGCCAYCAGUGACAAACAUGAGCUGCUCAAGUUUGGGAAGUCCUUAGCGCUCAUCAUCCACAGUCUGAGUAAGGAUGAUGCAGGCCACUAUAGCUGUGACCUGGGCACCAGCCAGACCAAGGCCAAGGUCACAAUACAUGACCUUCACAUCACCAUUGCCCAGCGUAUGAAGACGGCCUCUGUUCUGGAGGGCGAGAGCUGCAGUUUCGAGUGCGUCCUCUCUCAUGAUGUCAUCGACGAGUCCUCCUGGACCCUGAACGGUCAACUUGUGGUCAGCAACAGCCGCAUCCAGAGCGUAAACAAGGGCCGCAAGUACAAGAUGACAAUCAGAGAUGCAACCUUGACUGACGCCGGGGACGUUGUCUUCUUCAUCAAAGACCUCAGCUGCAGGACCAUGCUAUUUGUCAAAGAGAAGCCAGUGCAUGUGUUCAGGGACAUGACGAACGUCAAAGCCACCCCAGGGGAGGAUGCUGAGCUGAGCUGUGAGAUCACCAAGCCUGAGGCCUUCAUACGCUGGCUGAAGAACGGCCAMCAGAUCAGGCACAGCCCCCCCAAGUACGAGAUCAGUGUYGAGGACCACCUGGUACGGCUGGUGAUCACAAACACCUGCAUCAGAGACUCUGGAGAGUACUGCUGUGAGGCUGACGGCAUCGCCACCCGGGCCAAGCUGGAGGUCAGAGAGCUGCAGCACAUGUUUGCACGUGAGCUGCGGGAGGCACGGGCCGAGGAGAAGAGCAAGGUGACGCUGGAGUGCGAGACGAGGUUGCCGGCCAAGCGGGUGACCUGGUUGAAGGGCAUGGCGGAGCUCCGGGCGGGCAAGAAGUAUGUGAUGAAGCAGAAGGGCGUGGCCCUCUCCCUCACAAUCAGCUGCCUGGACAAGGGUGACACGGAUGUGUACAUCUGCGACGUUGGCACCAUGCAGAGCCGGGCGCUACUGACCGUACAUGGUCAGAAGGUUUUGAUCAUGGAUGAGUUGGAGGACGUUGAGUGUCUGGAGAAUGACACGGUGAUGUUCAGGUGCCGUAUCUGUCCCAGCGACUAUGUUGGGGUCAAGUGGUACCUGGAUGAGACCUUACUGUACACCAACAAGCUGAAUGAGAUCCAGGUGGUCCCGGGGGGAUACCACAGUUUAACCUUCAAACAGCUGGCCCAUAAAGACUCGGGCACCAUCUCCUUCGAGGCAGGUGACAAGAGGUCCUACGCCUCAUUGCUUGUUAGAGAGAGACGUCCCACCAUUACCAAAGCAUUGGAGGACUGUGAGGCCAUUGAGGGAGGCGGUUUGGUGCUGGUGUGUAUCACCUCUAAGCCAUGCCACAUUCUGUGGUACAAAGAUGGCUGCCUGAUGUGGAGCUCCUCGAGGUACUACGUCAGUCGCUCAGGUAAUGAGGCCAGGCUGACCAUCAGGGAGGUCAGUAACAGCGAUGCUGGGGUGUAUGAGUGCAGCGCUGGGUCGGUCAGCACCAAGGCCGUCGUCACUGUGAAAGCCAUCCCAGCUGAGUUUACCCAGCAGCUGCAGAGCAUGGAGGUGAAGGAGGGGGAGGAUGUGACCCUGUCCUGUCAGUUCUCCCUGCCGGGGGUUGCGUUCCACUGGAGGAGGGGCUUGGAGAACCUCAGGGCUGGAGAGAGGUACCUGAUAAAGCAGAAGAAGUCCCUCAUCUCUCUGACCAUCACCGGCCCGAAGCCAGAAGACUCAGGAGACUACACUUGUCAGUGUCGAGACCACAGAACCACAGCCACCCUCAAAGUCCACGCUAUCCCCAUAUCCUUCAAACAACAGUUGAAGAAUGUUCAGGCUGAGGAGGGCAACAGUUUCACAUUGCGCUGUGAGCUCUCCAAACCAGGAGUCCCUGUAGAGUGGAAGAAAGGAGAGGAGCCGGUGAGGCAUGAAAUGAAGUUUCAGAUAAGGAAGAGGGAGACCAUAUCGGAGCUUCAGAUAUGGAAAGCUGUGCCAGAAGACAGUGGAGUCUACAGCUGCCAGUGUGCAGACCAAAAGACCACGGCCACCGUCAAAAUCAGCGCCCUGCCCGUUACCUUCAAAAAAAAGCUGAGGAACGCACAGGUUGAGGAGGGGAACAAUUUGGUGUUACACUGUGAGCUCUCUAAACCAGGAGUCCCUGUAGAAUGGAUGAUGGGAGGAGAGGAGCUGCUGAACAACGGAGAGAAGUUUCAGAUAAAGCAGAGAGAGUUGGUGAAUGAACUGAAGAUUCUGGAUGCGAAACCUGAAGACAGCAAUAUCUACACCUGCGUUUGUGGCAAUGUGGAGACCACAGCCGGUGUUACUGUCACGGCAAUUCCAGUCACUUUCAAGCAAAAGCUGAGGAAUCUGCAGACUGAGGAAGGGAUCACCAUCAGCCUGCACUGUGAGCUGUCUAAAUCAGGGGUCCCUGUGGAGUGGAGGCUGGGAGGACAGAUGAUACUGCAAAAUGGAGACAAGUAUCAGAUGAAGCAGAGAGGCUUGGCACUGGAGCUCAUCAUCAGGGAGGCUCUGCCUGGGGACAGUGGAGUCUACAGUUGUGUGUGUCGAGAUCAGAAGACAAAGGCCACAGUCAAAGUCCUUGCUGUACCCGCCACCUUCAGAGUGGGUCUGAAGAACCAGGAUGCCCCAGAGAAGGGCAACGUGACCCUGCGCUGUGAGCUGUCUAAGUCUGGUGUCCCGGUGGAGUGGUGGAGGGGGGAGACAGAACUGUCCCAGGACCUGUCAGGGGGAAAGUACCAGAUCAAAUUGGAGGGGAGGAUCGCUGAGAUGACCAUUACCAACGUGCAACCGGAGGACAUAGGAAAAUACAGCUGUGUCACUGGAGACCAGAAGACCACCGCUGUAGUUAAAGUGCAAGCUCUCCCUGUGACGUUCAAGCGCCAGCUCCAGAACGCGAUGAUCAAAGAGGGGGACAGUGGGGAGUUCUGGUGUGAGCUCUCCAAGCCUAGAGCCCCAGUGGACUGGAGGAAGGGGAGAGUCAUCCUGAAGUCUGGAGACAAAUAUGAGAUGAAGCAGGAGGGACGCAUCACUAAACUGCUCAUUCAUAACGUGGAGGAGAGUGACACUGGGAAAUACACCUGCAAGACUAAAGACGCCCAGUCAACUGCUGAGCUGACUGUGAUGGGCCUACCCCCCACUUUCAAAGAACAGCUGAGAAACAUGGAAGUUGAGGAGGGUAAGACUGUGACACUACGCUGUGAGCUGUCAAAACCUGCAGCCUCAGUUGAGUGGAAGAGGGGAGCAGAGCUGUUGAAGAAUGUAGACAAGUGCCAGAUAAGGAAGAAAGAUUUACUGGUGGAAUUGAAGAUUAUCGAUGCGAAUCUGGAAGACAGUGGCGUUUACACCUGUAUUUGUGGUGAACAAAAGACUACAGCCACUGUUACAAUAAAUGUUCGCCCCGUCACAUUUAUAGAAGAGCUGAGGAACUUUCAGGUUGAGGAGGGCAACAAUGUGACGUUGCGCUGCGAGCUCUCUAAACCAGGGAUGUUGGUAGAAUGGAUGAGAGGAACAGAUCUGCUGCAGAARGGAGAGAAGUACCAGAUGAAGCAGAAAAACGCAACCUUGGAGCUGAUCAUCAGGAAAACCUUACCUGAAGACAGUGGAGUCUACAGCUGCGUGUUGGCAGACCAGAAAACGUUUUCCACCAUCAGUAUCACUGCCGUCCCAGUCACUUUCAAGCAGAAACUAAAGAACCAAGAGGCUCCGGAGGAGGGUAAUGUGACGUUGCGCUGCGAGCUGUCUAAAUCGGGAGUCUCUGUGGAAUGGCUGAAGGGAGAGGAGCUGCUGAGGGAAGGGAAGAGGUACCAGAUGAAACAGGAGGGGAGGACUGCUGAGAUGGUCAUCAGGAACGUGGUGCUGCAGGACGCUGGGGAGUAUAGCUGUGUCACCGCCUGCAAUGUUAGGACAGCAUCUGACAUCAAAGUUAGGGCCCUCCCUGUAACAUUCACACAAGAGGUCCAGAACGCGAUGAUCAAAGAGGGGGACAGUGGGAAGUUAUUUUGUGAGCUCUCCAAGCCUGGAGCCCCAGUGGACUGGAGAAAGGGGAGAGUCAUCCUGAAGUCUGGAGACAAAUAUGAGAUGAAGCAGGAGGGACGCAUCACUAAACUGCUCAUUCAUAACGUGGAGGAGAGUGACACUGGGAAAUACACCUGCAAGACUAAAGACGCCCAGUCAACUGCAGAACUGACCGUGAAGGCUCCUCCCAUCACGUUCAAGGUGAAGUUGAAGAACCAGGAAGUCGAGGAGGAGAACAGUGUGACGUUAUUCUGCGAGCUCUCUAAACCAGGACUGGCGGCAGAGUGGAGGAAGGGAGAGGAGCUGCUGAAGAAUGGAGUGAGGUACCAGAUAAGGAAGAGAGAGGCAACGAUGGAACUGACCAUCAGGAAAGCAGUGCUCGAGGACACCGGAUUCUACAGCUGUGUUUACGCAGAAGCCAAAACCACUGCCACUGUCAACAUCACUGCCAUACCUGUCACCUUCAAAAUGGGUCUUAAGAACCAGGAGGCUCCAGAGGGGGGCAUCGUGAACCUGCGCUGUGAGCUGUCUAAGGCUGGAGUCCCGGUGGAGUGGUGGAAAGGCAAGGAGGAGGUGAGCCCUGGAGGAAGGUACCAGAUGAAGCUGGAGGGAAAGGUAGCGYAGAUGCACAUCAGGAACAUCCAACCGGAGGACGUGGGGGAGUACAGCUGUAUAUUCGGAGAUCAGAAGACCACUGCUGAAGUCAACGUGAGAGCUGCUGCAUCAGUCUUCUUUGAGAAGGAGCUAGAGAGCAAGGUGGUGAUGGAGGGGACGUCAGUGGUCCUCUACUGUGAGGUCUCCAGCGUUACGGUCCCUGUCACCUGGAGGAAGGAAGCCUGCCUGGUCACAGACGGGGAGAGGUUCACUUUGAAGAAGAAAGGCCCUGUUCACACCCUGGAGAUCAGGAAGUUGAGUCUGGAGGACGCCGGGGAGUACAGCUGCAUCACCAGGGGAAAGAAGACCACAGCCAUGCUAGUUGUGAAAGAGCGUGUGAUGAUCUUGUCAGGACUGAAGGACAUGAAGAUCAUGGCCGGGCAGGAUGCAGUGUUUGUGUGCGAGCUGUCCCACAAGGAGGUAAGCGAGGGCGAGUGGUGGCUGGGCUCCAGCCUCCUGCAGAAGAACGAAAUGAACCAGAUGAGCUGCCUGGGCCACCAGCACCGCCUGGUCCUGACCAUGACCACGCCGGAGGAGACCGGGACUGUGGCCUUCGUGGUCGGGGAGGAAAAGACCUCCGCACAAUUGCUGGUGCUCCCCAAACCCAAAGUACUCAUUGAGAAGAAGCCUGGGGACAUCGUCAUCAUGGAAGGGGAGACGGCCACUUUAUCCUGUAUGACCUCUGACCUCUUUAGCCCUGUCACAUGGAGAAGGAACAGGAUGCCCCUCCUGAACGGAGAUAAGUAUGAGACUCGUAAGGAGGGCAAGCUCAACCUGCUGCUCAUCCAUGACACGGGACCAGGGGACUCUGGGAUAUACUCCUGUGACACUGGUGACAUGCAGAGCAGCGCCAAUCUGACUGUCAAUGAGCUGCCUCCAUACUUCGAGGAGGAGCUGCAUGCUGUGGAGGCUGAGGAGGGGGGCUCUGCCUUCCUGUCCUGUGAGCUGUCUAAGCCUGCGGUCCCAGUCCAGUGGAGGAAGGGCCGGCUACCUCUCAGGCCCAACAGGAAGUACAAGAUGAGGCAGGACGGCUGUGUGUUUCAGCUACACAUCCUGGAGCUGAAGAAGGAAGACAGUGGCAGCUACACGUGCCAGGCAGGUGGUGUGGAGACCACCGCCUCUGUGGCAGUAAAGCCUCCCUCAGACAAGACAGAUCCUCCCAAGACAAUUCCUCCCACAAAGGCUGCCUCUCACACUACUCCACCAGAAGAGGCCCGACUUGGCCCUCCAGAGCCAAAGAAACGGGGCAUGACCCGGUCAUCAAUUGUGGAGUCAGAGGAAGACCUGGAGCUUGAGGAAAAAGAGACAGUGGUAAACCCACAUAAGAAACAGUCAUUAAGGUCUUUGGGUAAGGAGACUAAGGUAGACCAGCAGGAGAAACAGAAAGUGAAACAGCCAGUAGGUAUGGUGAAGGAUACCAUAGCAGAAAAGACCCAGAAACAGCUAGUACCACCACUGAGGUCUAAAGGGAAGGAGGCAACUAUGGUGAAGGAUUCACAGAUGGACCAGAGCGAGAUAAAGCCAGUGAAACAGCCAGUCAGAGCUAUAGUGAUGGACACAGAGGAGAAAAAGUCUAUGGUGAAGAAGACUGAAAUAGACACGAGGGAGAAAAAGAUAUUGAAAGAGAUUGGGGUAGACCAGGUGGUGAAACAGCCAGUUCCACCAGCGAGACGGGCAUCUAUAGUGUCUGAUGCUGGGGUAGAGCAUGUAGGCAAAAAGCCAGUUCCACAUGCGACACGAGCUUCUGUUGUUUCAGUUUCAGAUGCUGGGGUAGACGAGGUGAGGAAACAGCCAGUUCCACCAGCGAGACGAGCAUCUGACAAACAGACAGUGAAGUUUAUGGUGAAGGAGACAGAGGUAGACCAGAGGGACAAACAGCCAGCAAGGUCUACAGUACAGGAGAUGGAAAAACACAAGAUUGCGGUGGAUGGUAACCAAGUCCAUAUCUCAGAGGAUGAGUCCUCCACUGAGGCCUCCACCCAGGUAAGAGUCAACCAGAAGACCAGCAAGCCUGUAGUUGCUGUAGCUGGAGUUCCCAAGGGGCUCCCGAUGACUAAGCAAGUUGACGAGACUGAACCUGACAUGGAAAUCAGUGUAGAGGACYAACCUGAGAUGCUGGAUGCCGCCAUCAAGAUCCAGGCAGCUUUCAAGGGAUACAAGACCCGCAAAGACAUGCGGCCAAUCUUCAAGCAGGUGUUCAAGAACCAGAACGUUGAGACCAACGGUACCAUCCAGCUAGCGUGCGUGGUGGAAGGGAAGUCCAACGCAGUACGCUGGCUGAAGAACGGCCAGCAGAUCAUAGGAGACCAACGCCACCGCAUGAGCACCUCAGAGGAGGGCGUCUGCACACUGGUGAUCAUCAACAUGUCAGCCAUAGACACUGGGGUCUAUACAUGUGAGGUGGUCAACAAGUUUGGUGUGACCUCAUAUAAUGGCAACAUUACUGUGGGUCAACCUCAAAAGCCUCCAUCCUCCACCCAGAGGCCUGCAGCCCCAACACAGCCCUCCACCCCUUCUGUGCACCCAGUCCUGGCCUCUGUUGGCCCUCUCCAGCCAGCCCAGACCUCCACCUCUGGGAAGGAGACUAUGGGUUCUGUGGAGAGUGAGGGGAUCUCCCUSUGGCAGGCCUACAACCUGACCGAGGGGGAUCCCCGUAAUACCCUGCAAGAGAGGAGGAGGGCCUCACUCAUCUCCGCCAGCUCUAUGUCUAGUCCCUCAGACUACGACACAGCUCCAGAUUUCAUAGAGCCUGUUGACAUCAUCCCCAAAGAUCCCUGCAGGGUAAAGGAAGCCAUUAAGUCAGAGGACCAGUUAUCCCAUAAGGAUAAAGAACAGAAAGUCACACCUCAACCACCAAAGAGACAUUUGAAGGUCAAAGCUACUGAUGCCAAGCUGAGGACUCUGUCCCUGAAACAACACACGCAUGCUGCUCUCACAGGUUCUGGCUCAGAGUCAGAUGGUGACGAGGACAGAAGAGAGACAUUUGAUAUCUAUGUGGCCAGAGCUAACUGCACCUCUCAACAAGGUGGCAACAAGGAGACCUUUGUGUUGAAGGAGGGCCAAUACGUGGAGGUCUUGGACUCUGUCCACCCUGAGAAGUGGCUGGUCCGUACCAAACCCUCCAAAAACAGCCCCUCACGCCAAGGAUGGGUCUCCCCUGCAUACCUGGAGAAGAAGAGAAAGGAGACAUUCCCACAAGUGAGGACACCACAACAGGAGAUGGAUGGAUCAGGUUCUACAGAGGAAGAGUARAGAAGAACAUUAAGCCAAUUGAUCCAGGGGCUGAUUGAUGGGGAGGAAGAGUUUGUGAAGGAGAUGAAGGACUUUACAUCCCACUACCUGCACCACUUAGACACCAGCCCUCAUGUCCCCAUCAACYUCAUCAACCAGAAAGAAACUAUCUUCCGCAAUAUCAAGGACAUCAUGGCUUUACACGAGAGGUCUAUUCUGCCCAGGCUGAGCGAGUGUUCUACUGAUGAUGACGUGGCCAUGCACCUGGUCAAACACGCAGAGGACUUUCAGAAGUAUCUGCAGUACAUGAUGGGCCAAACACAGGCAGAGGCCUGUGUCACUGACAAGUCCAUCCAGCAGUACUUCAAGCAAAACACGAGAACAGAGCCUGAGCACCACGAAACUGCAGUGCUGGAUGUCAUCACCUUCUUACAGAGACCAGCGGAGAGGAUUCAGACCUACCAGGCCUUGCUCAAGGAGCUGAUCAAGAACAAGGCUAAGUGUGGGAAAAGCUGCUGUCUGCUGGAGGAUGCAUUCUCCAUGGUGUCCUGUCUGCCCUGGCGUUCUGACAACCUGCACCAGGUGUCUCUGAUUGAGAACUACCCUGCCCCACUCACUGCACUGGGAGAACCCGUCCGCCAGGGUCCCUUCACUGUGUGGGAGGAGUCUCCUGAGAUCAAGACGUCCUCCCGGGGACACCAGAGGCAGGUGUUUCUUUUUAAGGACUGUGUCCUCCUCUGUAAGCUCAAGAGAGACCCCGGCAUGAACUCUGACACCUACGCCUUCAAGAACAAGAUGAAGCUGAAUGAUGUGGAGGUGAAGGAGAUGGUGGGGGGAGAUGAGAAGUCCUGGGAGCUGUGGCACGAGCACCGCGGCUCAGUGAGGAGGUACACACUGCAGGGUCAUUCCACUUUGCUCAAGCUGUCCUGGCUCAAAGACCUGAGAGAGCUGCAGCAACGCUCCAGCCUGACUGCUUCUAGUCCACCAGAGUUCAAAGUUCUCCUGUUUGACUGCACUACAAAGAUCGGGCAGACAAUCAAAUUGGCAUGCAAAGUCACAGGAACACCCAAACCAGUGGUCAGCUGGUUCAAAGACGGCCUGGUCCUAGAGGACGGCCCUCACCACAUCAUCACUGCAGACCGGACAGGAACCUGCUGUCUCAUCCUGGACGCAGUCACUCCCAAGGACUCUGGACAGUACGUGUGCUAUGCCUCCAGCCCCGUGGGUCAUGCUAGCACACUGGCCAAGAUGGUGGUGGACGCACCCCCCAGGUUCAUUACUAGGCUGCAGAGUGCAUGUCUGCUGGAGGGAGAGGAAGUCCAGUUAACCUGCUCCACGCACAGCACACCUCUACCCCAAGUCAGGUGGUUUAAGGAUGCCAGAGAGCUGACAGACCAGAGGAAGUACCACAUAGAGAGUGACGCCCGCAGUGGGAUCCUCACUCUCACCAUAAUGAACCCUGGAGAGACAGACCUGGGAUGGUAUGAGUGUGAGCUGUGGAACCAGUUGGGCAGUGCCAAGAGUAAAGCAGAGCUGUGCGCCGCCUUCACACAAGUGAUUGACAGUGAGCCUGACCAACCACAGGUCCUCUUGACCAAAGGUAGGAGAGUUCCACCCAAUCAAGGUAAAUUUCCACCUGGGAGUAAGGAAGCAGGUUUUGAGAAGAAGGCUGUCUACACUGUAAGACAUGGUUAUGAAGUAAUGAUUUUGGAUUCUAAGACUCUAAGAGAACCUAAGGGCAUCUGUCAGUCUGUGAGUGAUGUCAUUCUGCUUCCUCCAGACUCAGAUGGCUGGUCCACUGCCAUGGUGAAGCAAUGGCUGCAGACAGACUUCAGCCCCACAUCUAUCGUCAAAAUGCUCUUCCAGCCUGGAUAUGCUAAGCCAGCUGAGGGUGGCCCAGAGGAAAGGGACCCCACCGCCAGAGGCCACGUGGAGGUGCCACAGUUCCCCAAUGAUCUUGAGGAGAGACCCGAGGUUGAGGAGGAACUUUAUGUCCCUGAGACCAUACAGGAAAUGCCAGCAGCUCCUCCCUCCAUUCAGGUGCCGGCAGAGGACCUGUGUGUGGAGUCUGGCCAAUCAGCUACCUUCACCAUCAUCAUCACAGGAAGGCCAACCCCCGAGAUUCAGUGGUACAAGGAUGGAGAGGAGCUGUUGGCCAAUGAGAAUGUGGAGGUGGUCCAGAAUGGUGCCCGCUGCUCUCUGACUGUGCUGUACCCGGAGAGCGAGGACGGUGGCAUCUACACCUGCUGGGCCUAUAACGACUCCGGACACACAUCCUGUCAGGCUCAGCUCACAGUGGAGGAGGGUCCACUGGAGUCGCAGGAGAGGGAGGUGGAGCUUGGGAAGAGGAGGAAGCUGCUCUCUGUGUAUGACGUCCAUGAGGAGAUAGGGAGAGGCACAUAUGGGGUGGUGAAGCGGGUUACCCACAGGAGGACMGGCGAGGGCUUUGCCGCCAAGUUCCUGCCCCUGAGGAGCAGUACGAGGACCAGGGCCUUCCAGGAGAGAGACCUGCUCUCCCGGUUGGCCCACCCCAGGGUGUCCUGUCUGCUGGACUUCUUCUCUACACGCAGGACCCUGGUCCUGGUCACUGAAGCCUGCUCUUCUUAUGGUCUUCUUGAUCAUCUGCUGUUGAAGGGAUCGGUCAGUGAGAGAGAGGUGCAGAUGUACGUUCAGCAAAUCCUGGAGGGAGUUGGUCACAUCCACAGCAUGAAAAUUCUUCAUCUGGACAUCAAACCGGACAAUAUCCUGAUGGUGUUUCCACCCAGAGAGGAGAUCAAGAUCUGUGACUUUGGCUUCUGUCAAGAGAUGGACACUUCCAGACACCAGUACAGCCAGUUUGGCACUCCAGAGUUUGUAGCACCUGAGAUCAUACAUCAAGACCCUGUCACUAUAGCAAGUGACAUCUGGUCCAUUGGUGUUGUGGCGUAUUUAUGUCUGAUGUGCCGCUGUCCGUUCGUGGGGGAGACGGACCGGGCCACUCUGCUGAGGGUGGGGGAGGGGACACUGAACUGGGACGCACCUGACCUCACCUACAGGAGCACAGAGGCCCAGGACUUCCUCCGCACGGUCCUGCAGCCAGACCCAGAAAAGCGACCAACUGCAUUUGAGUGUCUGGGGCAUGAAUGGUUCCAGAGCAAGGAUGAAACUGAUGACAUCAACACAAGGGCUCUGAAAGUCUUUAUCUCAAGGAGGAAAUGGCAGCGUUCUCUGACCUGCCUGGGCUCGGUCCUCACCCUGAGGCCCAUCCCAGAGCUGCUCGAUGCCCCUCCUCGGGAGACCUCUGUCACAGCCCCGCGGGACCCCCACGAGCCCAGCAGCACCUCAAUGAGCAGCGGCUCCUCCUCGGAGUAUGACGAGGCCGACGCCUGGGACUUCUUCCACCACUGCACCACCACAGAGGAGGAUGAAGAUGAGGAGGAGGAAGACUUCGACCUCCUCAUGGAGAGAGCCAGGAUCCCUGAGCCCUUCGCCAAGCUUAAAUUGGACGAAGAGGAGGAGGAGGGGAUCAUGGAGGAAGAGGAGAUGGGAGGACAGAGAACCGUGCUAGAAAGGAGCAUAAGCAGGCAGUCCGUAUGGUCCUCGGACACCUCCAGGCAGCCAACCCCCCAGAGGGAGAGGAGGGUCAGCCGAGACAGCAGCCCAUCCUUGUACUUCUCCGAGGGGGAUGACAGCUCCAUGUCCGGGAGUGAAGGAGGGCGCAUCGCCAGGAGCAGCCUGAUCCACAGCACCUUCUACGACAGCUCCGCGCAGCUCUCSCCCAUGUCCGCCCGCCACAUGACCCUCAGGGACAAGUUCCAGGCCAAAAAGCAGGAGAGGGGCCGCAAGCCGCACCGCAGCAGCCUCUCUAGCCGCCUUAACGAGCCGCUCAUUGAGUACAUGGAGGACGAGGGAGAUACCAGUCACGGGCAAAGGCGAGGGUCUUUGCAGUCGUCCAUGCUCAAGUCUUGCUCCUUCGACAGCGGGGUCGGCCUCUCGCACAAUGCACCCCCGCACAGGAGGAGCAGGUCGUUGGACGACUACUCCCGACGCUCACCAGGAUCCGCCAAAUGCAGAGAAGAGGAAGAUGCUUUGAGUCUUAAGGAGGAUUUCACUGAUGAAGAGGAGGAUAAGAGCUUAGUCGUUGCCCCUCCCCAGAUCAAAGGUAGAAGAGGUUCAGUGGCAGUGGCUCCCGCAGUGCUUACAGCCAGGCUUCAGAAACUGGGUGCAAAAUUGCCCCAUGCUGGUCCAGAGAAGAGCCCUAGGCCAGAGCAGGGGAGACCAGGCGAGGAGGAAGGGGAGAACCUGGCUGGCUCGCAGGGCUCCCUGGCUGAGUCCUUCAUCCUCGAGCAUGGCUCUGAGGCCUCCAGCAGGCUGGGCUCCUGUGAGGAUAUGUCCCACGGCCGCCCUUUAGCCAAACAUAGAGGGAGAGCAGGGGAUGAGUAUGAUGACCAAGAGGAGCCCCUGAUCACCCCGUCCCCCUGCUCCCUGCUCCAGGGGUCUGAGGUUGAGGAUGAUGACCAGGAGCCCCAGCGCCGGAGAGGCCAACUUCAGAUCCCACCGAGAAGGACAACACACCCCAACCAGAACCCAACGGACAGAAAUAAGGGUCUGGUAGAGAGGAAGGUCCUGCCGGUGAAACCCAGCCCCAGUCUGUCCAUCAAGGCCCCAGAGAGGCCCCCAAGGGCCAGCGACACAAAGGCACGACUCCAGAGGCAUGCGUCCACACCGGCCCUCGAGGCCAAACCUCCCACGGGGAAGUCUCCUAGGAUGUCACCCAAAGUUGGGUUAAUGAAUCUGUUCCGCAGGCAGUCCUGGGCAGGGCAUUCCUACUCCCAAUUGGAGGGCGCGGAGCAGGGACCCACACUAGGGGAAUUGGAGCCCAAAACCCCCACCAUGUCACUAAAGAAAAAGAUGAGGGCAUCAGCCUCUAGCCUCACCAAGCUGUUCACUAAAUCGUCCAGCAAGGAGGACUUAACGAAGGGAGGGCCGAUUGUAAAGGGUUCAUUUCCUGUUCCGCCUGAGCAAGAGGCAAGCCCUGGCUUGGAGAGCCCAAAAAAUAAAUCCAAGUUCUUCUCCUUCAAAAUACCUAAAAUACCUGCAUUCAAAAAGAACAAAGAAAUGCCUAUCCGCCCCACCAGGCCUGAUGUGCACCAGUUGGAGGCAGGUGGAUUUCUGCUGGUAUGGAGACCAGUGCAGUCCAGCGACCCAGUUGUUUACGGUGUUCAGUACAGCACAGAUGGUGUGGAGUGGAAGCUCCUGUCGGAGGAGGUGACAGACAGUUGCUACGUGGUGAAGGACUUACCCAGAGGAGCAGGAUACGUGUUCAGGGUUGGCUGCAUCAUCAAGACAGGCACAGGACCUUUUAGUGACCCUUCUCCACCUGUUGUUAUGGCAACCCAUCCCGCAGAGACACACAUUCCCCUCAUCCAGACAGAGUCCCCAGGUUCAAAGGGCAGUAGGUCAGGAGGUCAACCUAGCCACAAGACCUACAGCUUCCUCUCGGAGAUCAACAGGGGCCGUUUCAGCGUGGUUACCCAGUGUCAGGACAGCCAGAGCCAGCAACUGUUUGCUGCUAAGAUCACCCCCUGCAGGCCAGAGAAUAGACAGCUGGUGCUCAGAGAGUACCAGCUGCUGAAGAGGCUCAACCACCCCCACCUGGUGCAGCUGCACACAGCGUACAUAACCCCCUACUACCUGGUGCUCAUCCAAGAGCUGUGUGCCGGCAGAGAGCUGCUCUACAACCUGGCUGAGAGAGACCUGUAUUCUGAGCUCCAUGUAGCAGAGUUGCUGGCUCAGAUCCUGAGUGCUGUGGACUACCUGCACGGCCGCCGCGUUGUCCACUUGGACCUCAAGUCAGACAACAUGCUGGUGACAGACUGCAACACGCUGAAAAUCGUAGACCUGGGCUCCGCUCAGUCCUUCACGCCCGGACAGACACUCAACAUAGAGCAUAUUCAGGGACAAGAGAAAGUUUACAUUGUCCUUCCUAAAGCUCCGGAAAUCCUUGACGGACAAGGAGUCGGACCUGAGACUGACAUCUGGGCUAUUGGGGUGUUAGCUUUUAUAAUGUUGAGUGCAGAUAGCCCGUUCCAUUCAGACCUCAACUGGGAGAGGGACAGAAACAUCCGGAAGGGGAAGAUCCAGUUUGGCCGAUGCUACCCUGGCCUGUCAGAGGCAGCAAUCAGCUUCAUGAAGAACACACUGAGCAACAAGGCCUGGGCCAGACCCUCAGCGGCUGAGUGCCUCCAGAUCCCGUGGGUACGGGGUGAGCGGGCCCCCUCCAAACACAGAGACUCCAUCUUGUGUUUCUCCCCCGACAAGCUGCAGGCCUUCCUCAAGGAGAGACAGGUGAAACGAGACCAGGUCCGCACCAAGCUGCAAGGCCCGUUCUUCCAUUGAUCUGCUCUUCCAGUAGACUGUUAUGAAAUACAUGAACUGGACUUGGAUGUCUCUUCAUAGCCCAGAUCCUGGUCACAAAUAUGUGAUGUCUUACAAAUGUUGACCUAAAAUGGMGACUGGUCAAAUGUGUAUGUAUUAAUGGCUGUCUAAAGUUUUAAGUGUUUGUCUGAAUGAGUUUGGCUUUGGUUGAAUUACAGCUUCAUGAUAUCAGGGAAAUGUUUAGUUAGAUGAUUUAUGCAAAUACAGUUGCACGAGUUUGAAAACGUGAAAUCAUUGUUCCUUUGAGUUUGCGGCAUUGGACAUUACAAAAGUUAAUAUUUCAUGAGCUAGAUUUGUAGAUUUUGUGAUUUAUUAGCCAAAGAGACAGAUCAGAGCCCAAAGCAUAGCAAGGGUCCCUACCAGCAUAAAGCUUUGUCUCACAAAGAGAGGAAUGUUGAAAUCCCUAUCGGUAGAUACAUAUAGACAGAUAUUUAAAUAUACACUGUAUAGAUAUUUAGGAGUGAAAUAUUUACACUAUUGCAAUGUUUUACAUGUUUUCAAUUGUCUUGUUAUAUUGUAUAAAUGGAGAAUAAGAUCAUGAGUAAAUUAAGCAUUUUUGAUGAUCGUUUGAUUUCAUUGAGUAUUCCUGUACCUUGUGACAGGUGAUGUAUGCACUGAAAGACAAAUUAAACAGUGGUAAGUGCUUUUUA